AUGGUGGAGUGUCGCGAGCAGCAGCAGCCAGCAGCAAAGGAGUCGGUGUCUUCGGUGGGUGCAGCGAUGAGAUGCGAUCGGGGGUUGAAGAGGAGGCACCUUCGGUGCUUGGCUGGACCAAAGAGAAGAAGAAAAAGAGAAUGGAAGCAGCGGGAUGUGAGGCUGCAGCGAUCACCAACAGAAAUUGAUAGGGCUGUUGCUGUACGACAAGGGAAAGCAGGAAAACAGAUGAGGAAAGGGGUGUUUGAGUGUUGCUUGUCAUCGAGGGAGAGGAAGAACGGGGUUGCCUCUUCUUUACUUUCACAGAUUGAUCUUCUAGCACAUGUAGCUAAUUUUUAA